AUGUCACGCCCAGCAUCCUCGGAAUCCUUCUAUUCUGCCUUGUCAGACCACGGAAUGGCAGACGAAGAGGCUAUUUCUACGCCUCACUGCCACAUCUUCUUUGACGAGCAACUAUAUCUUAGCGCUCUCACUCUUCUCAGUGAUCUUGUCACCGCUGGUACUUCUCAUCCUGACUAUCCAAACCUCCCAACGAUCGCGCCUUUACCAUUCCACAUAGAACUCGUCAGCUGUCUUCUAGUUCACCCGCGAUGGACAACACAAGCAAACCCAAGCGAGCAGAAUACUCUUCAAGCUCGCGCCAUAACUCUUUUGCGUAACAUUCUGGUUACUCUGGGACCUCUCAAUGCCAGGCUCAAUGAAGCAUUUUCUUUUGCGCACACGUACAAUGCUAGGCCAAAACGAAGAGGAAGGACUUUCGAUAGGGAUGAUGGAGUCAGCGGAUCAGACGAAGAAAAUGCAGAGAACAUGCGCGGUGUCAUCGCAAAUGAAGGCAGGCUACGGAGGUGUGCUAGCGAUUUCUGGCACGCGUUGGGAUGGGCGUUCAACUGCAGCGUCAGAUAUCCGAAGAGAUGGAAAUGUUGGAAAAUCUGGUUAGAUUACUUGUUGGAUGUUUUGGACGAUGAUUGGAAAGAAAGGGCUAGGUUGGAUGAAGAGGUGCAUAGAUCGCAGCCCCAAGCUUCUGAGACACAGGCCAACCACAAAAUGCUCAAGGACUGUCUUCUACUUCGAUAUUUGUCAGAUGUCAAGGGGCAGUCAAGCGCUGUGAGGCGGAUCGCUAAAGCCAUAUUCGCUGAUGGUAGUUCUGAUAGCUUGAGGGAGUUUCCCGAAAUCUUCAAAAACGAAACCAGGGAGCUGAAAAUUGAAAAUGCACAAAAGCGAAAACGAGCCGAUACCACCAAGGAACGUGCGUUUGGUGGCUACGACGAGGAAAUCGCGGAAGAAGACCUCCAUUCUCCAGACUUUGGAAUGAGCGAGGACGAGGACGAAGCGUCAACCAAAGACGAUGUAUAUCUCGGAGGUGUUGAAUCAACAUUGUUACGCCAACGAAUAUUUGCCCUUCUUUCACGGGCGUCAGCCGAAUUCCCGGAUGAAUUUGUUGAUAUUGUAGACCUGUACGAGGCAAUUUAUUUAUGCAUGAGGCCAUUGUCUAUUCCAUCAUUCAUGUUGUUUCUGGCCCCGAGCCAAUCUUCAUACAUACCUGAAGUUGCCCAGGUAUCACUUACACAGUUUUUCCUUCGCCGAAUGAUAUCUAAUGCAGCGCCUCAUCCUACGUCCAUUAGAGAAAGGAAUAGCGAUGAAUUUGACCUAAACAUUCUCGAAAAGUGCUUUUUCCCUUUCGCAGCACUGACCACCUCGGUUAAUGAAAACGCGAAAGUCUCUAUUAUGAUAGAGGUUUUAUUUCGCAUAUUUUUGAAAAGCUGUGACUAUGGUUAUAGUCGGGAGUUGGAGCCGGCCGUUGAUAAAGGCAUCAAGGCACGGGAAGCGAUGAUCAAGUCAAACAAAAGAAAGAAAUCCACCAGUGCCAAACAGAAAGUAGAAGCAGCCGAACAACUUUUGCUGAAGGCUAGUGGAGUCCGUCUGCGGAAUAUGGUAUCUUUCGUAAAGCAUCAAAAGUCAAAAGACGCUGCUUGA